GAUGAUGCGGUGUGCUUCAAGGUUUCAUGGUUUCUACUGUGCUGUAAAAGAUCCUUGCUUUCUCUCAAACUCUUGUUCACUCUCUCCCAAAUCGGAUAGGGUUUUGCAGGUUUUUGGAUUAUUGAAUGGUGGUGGUAGUUAUCGGAAUUUUGAUUGUGUGAGUUAUUGAGUGAGUGAAAUUUUGGUAGUGGAAAUCGAAUUGGGAAUUGGGGUUUUAGGGUGUUAGAUGGCAAGUUCUGCGUUUGAGUUGGAUGAUCAGACGGAUGAGGAUUUCUUUGACAAGUUGAUUGAUGAUGAUGACAUUGAUUUUUCGGGGUAUGGGGGUAGUUCUGUAGCAAAGGUUGAGCUUGAGCUUGAUGUGGUGAAAGAGAUUUCGAAGUUGAGUAUUUCGGAUGUAGGUACCACUGGCAAUGCUAGUUCUGGAGUUAAUGGUGGGAAAGAAGGGGUUGUGCUGGAGCCGUCGGAUCCACAGAAGGAGACUUUGAGCGGUGAAGAGAGCGAGGCUAGUGCAUUGGUGGCCAAAGGGGAGGGAGGUGUAGUGGAUGGUAGAGUGAGUACGAGUGGUGUUUCAGUUGAUGAUGAAUUGGGGCAUGGCAAUGGGGUUUUGUUAGCAUCGUUGGAUCUACUCCAGGUUCCUGUGGUCGGUGAAGGGAGCAAGUUGUUAGUAGCGGAAAAUAGAGAUGAGGCAGUGGAGGAUAAAGCUAGCAAUGUGGCUAGUGCAUUGGAGGGUAAAGGGGAGGAAAGUGCAGUAGAUAGUACAGUUAGUAAGAAUGUGGUGUCAGAUGGGACAGGUGUCAAAGUAGUUCAAUGGAGUUUGUUUAACUCAGAUCCUUCUGGUGGUACUGGAUUUGGGUCGUACUCAGAUUUUUUUAGUGAAGUUGCAGAUAAUUCAGAAGACCCAUUUGCCAAUUUGGGUAAUACAGACCAAUCUAAUGGUUUUCUGGAAAACUCAGUUUCUGCUUUCGGUAAUUCUAGCUAUGGGCAGCAUCAAAAAGACUCAUUUGCGAAUUUGGGCAAUACAGGCAAAUUUGGGGCCGAAGCAGGUUUGACCACUGGUGUUUUGGAAAAUGCUGCUUCUGAUUUCCAUCCGUCAAGCUAUGAGCGGUAUCAAGAAGACCCAUUUGCGAAUUUGGGUAAUGCAAACCAAUUUGUGGUUGAAUCUAAUGUGAGUAAUGGUGUUCUGGAAAAUUCGGUUUCUGGUUUACGUGCUUCUAUCUGUGGGAAGCAUCAAGAAGAUCCUUUUGCGAAUUUGGGUUAUACAGACUACUCUGGGGCUGAAUCUAAUGUGAGUAACGGUGUGCUGGAGAACUCAGUUUCUGGUUUGGGUACUUCUAGCUAUGGGCAGCAUCAAGAAGGUCAAAUCUAUGGGGCUUCUGGGAAUCAAAACUUAGACGGGCAGGAAUUAAGUAGUAAUCAGAAUUCGGAAAAUCUUUAUCCGGGAUGGAGGUACGAUCCAACUACUGAGCAGUGGUAUCAGUUGGAGGGAUAUGAUGUGAAUUCAAAUACAACUGCAGAGGUGAACAACAAUGUAAAUUAUCAAUCUACAGAUACUGCAGUUUUCUCAGCCCAGAAAGAAGAUGCUCCUUAUUCGCAGCAAGCAGUGGAGGCUGUUUCUCAAAGCGUGAUUGAUGCAUCUGAAACUAGCACAGUUGCUAACUGGAAUCAACAUUCUUAUGGGAACCCAGAAUACCCUGCACAUAUGGUUUUUGAUCCCCAGUACCCCGGUUGGUACUAUGACACAAUUAACAAAACAUGGAGGGAAUUGGAAUCAUCUGUUCCAGAUUUUGAUCAAUCUACAAGUGUGGUUCAUAAUCAGCAACGUCAGCAUACAAAUAUAGAGAGUCAUGUAUCACAGAGUCUGGGGACUCAACAAAGUGUUCCAAUUUGGGGUGUAGCUACUAACACCUAUGAUCAGCAAAAUGCAAGUACCUGGCAUUCUGAGACUGUUGCCAAGAGUGGCACUAUUGGUUUUGCUGAGAAACAGGAAUCAAGAGAGUUUCAGCCUUUCACUCCAUCUUUUCAUCAGUCGACUCUAAGUAUGGUUCAUAAUCAGCAAUAUAACAAUACAAAUGUUGACAACCUUGGAUCACAGAGUCCGAACAUUCAACAAAGUGUUUCAAACCGGGAUGGAUCUAUGACCGCCUAUGAUCAGCAAAAUACAAGUGUGUGGCAUGCUCAGAAAGUUACCAAUAGUGAUACUGUUGGUUUUACUGAGAAACAGCCAUACUUGGACCAGCAAAUUUCAAAAGAGCAUGCAUUCAAUUCUGUAAAUCAACAAACAGGGUUCAGUCCUUCUGGAUCAAGCGCUCUUCAUCAAGACCUAAGUCGGGGCAAUGAUAUUAGUAGUGCGAAUGGUGGCUUCCAAAGGUUCAAUCAUGCUAACUUCUCUCAGCCUCAGGAUCAAGUUAAGGUGCCAAACCAAGUGAUGCAUUUCUCACCUGCUAACUUUGGUAGUCAGAUGCCAGUACAAUUUUUCCAGCAGCCACUCCAGACUGGAACUCAGUUUUCACAAGAGGCCAGAGAGGGGAGGUCAUCUGCUGGACGACCUGCACAUGCGCUUGUUACUUUUGGAUUUGGUGGAAAACUCGUAGUAAUGAAAAAUAAUAGUUCUUUUCAUGCCAACCAGACAUAUGGAAGCCAGGGCCCUGUAGAAGGUGUCAUUAACAUUCUCAAUCUGAUGGAUGUUGUCACGGAGAAAAGUGAGGCUGCAAACUUUGGAACUGGUGGUUCUGAUUAUUUCAGUGCCUUGUGCCAGCAAUCUUUUCCUGGACCUUUAGUUGGUGGGAAUGUCAGUAAUAAGGAAUUAAACAAAUGGAUAGAUGACAAAAUUGCAAAUUGUGAUACUCUUGACAUGGAUUUCAAGAAAGGGGACCAUAUGAGACUGCUUUUCUCUUUACUAAAAAUAUCUUGGCAAUUUUAUGGAAAACUUCGAUCUCCCUUUGGUACCGAUCAAAGAUUGAAGGAAAGUGAUUGUCCAGAAUCAGCUCUUGCUAAUCUUUUUGCGUCUGCUAAAAGAAGUAAUGAGUAUGGUGCUCAUAAGCAGCAGUGUGUGCAUAACUUGCCCUCUGAGACACAGAUUCAGAAAGCAUUUGUGCAGAUAACUGCUGCACACAUAUGUUAUUUAGUUGCAGAAGCCAACCUCGAGCAAUAUUCAAAUAGUUCAAGACUGUGUCUUAUCGGUGCUGAUCAUUGGAAGUUUCCACGAACAUAUGCCAGUCCAGAGGCUAUUCAGAGGACAGAGCUGUAUGAAUACUCGAAGGUAGUUGGAAAUCCUCAGUUUCUUCUACUACCAUUUCAGCCAUAUAAGCUUAUUUAUGCCCACAUGCUGGCUGAAGUAGGCAAACUUGCUGAUGCUUUGAAAUAUUGUCAAGCAAUUUUGAAGGCUUUGAAAACUGGUCGAGCACCUGAGGUGGACAUAUGGAGAGAGUUAGUGUCAUCUCUGGAGGAGAGGAUAAGAGCCCACCAGCAGGGUGGUUAUAGCAUAAAUUUGGCUCCAACCAAGUUGAUGGGUAAAUUGCGUACAUUUAUUGAUACUACUGCUCAUCGUGUUGUUGGGGGCCUACCUCCUCCUGUUCCAUCAACAGCACCAGGCUUUGCUCAGCUUAAUGAACAAGCUCUUCAACCAGGAAAUGCAAAUGUACCCAACAGUCAAUCGACAAUGGUUAUGUCUUCGUUAAUGCCGUCAGCAUCAAUGGAGCCAAUAAGUGAAAGGAUAUCUGAUAGUAACCAACUGAAUAUGCCCAACAGAAGCAUUUCAGAGCCAGACUUUGGGAAAAGCCCGAGCAAGAAAGUGAAUGCCUCUACAACGCAACAAAAGGCGUCAGCAUCUAGUGGGUCACGUUUUGGUUUUGGGUCACAGAUAUUUCAAAAGACUCUAGGACUGGUCAUAAAAUCCCGGUCAGAUAAGCAGGCUAAAUUGGGCGAAGCAAAUAAAUUUUAUUAUGAUGAGAAACUCAAGCGAUGGGUAGAAGAAGGUGCUGAACCUCCAGCUGAGGAAGCAGCCUUACCACCGCCUCCGCCAACUAUGGCAGCUAUCCAGAAUAGAAUGCAAGAUUACAACGUGAAUGAUGCGCUGAAAACUACUAGUUUUCAUGCAGUUGGUGGGCCAGAAAUCAAAAGUCCAGCAUCUUCUAUGAGUUCAGGGUCACCACCGGUUCCACCCAGUUCAAACCAGUUCUCUGCACGUGGGCGUAUGGGUGUUCGCUCGAGGUAUGUUGAUACAUUCAACAAAGGCGGUGUGGCCCCAGGAAACUUAUUUCAGCCACCAUCUCUUCCAGCAGCUAAACCAGGGGGUGGUUCCAAUCCCAAGUUUUUCAUCCCCAGUCCAGUAACUUCCUAUCAGGAAACAGUUCAAACAACUGGAGAAAGCACACAAGAUACUUUUAUGACCAAGAACAAUCCUCCAAAAUCAGUAGACACAUUCUCUACUCCGCCAACCUCAACACCAUCGUCAAUGACCAUGCAACGGUUUCCUAGCAUGGAUAACAUUGUACAAAAGAAAGCAGGAGAAUUGACAAAUGGCAGUAGCUUUGUUCCGCCUGAAUCUCGUCGAGUGGCGUCAUGGAGCGGAAGCCUCAGUGAAGCAAGCAAUCCUUCGAUAAGGAAUGAAACAAAAUCAACAGCAGUAGGUAUGUCCCCAUUAUCGUAUAUGCCUAGUGUUACUCCAUCAAUGCAGUUUCAAAGAAGCAGUGGUAGUUUUGGGGAUGACCUUCAAGAAGUUGAACUAUAAGAUAUUAGGGACUAGUUGGUAAAUCUAUAGAGUUCCAUUCGACGAUGCAAAGGGGGAUAUCACUGAUAGGAUUCAGGUUUUUGGUGAAGACCCUGUAGAUCCCAUUAGCGGAGUUUUACAUGUAUACCGAGAAACCAACAGUUAGUUUGAAUGACCAUGUUUGCCUUUCAGCUAAGGGAGGUUUUUCUCUGAAAGCAAAAAGGUUAUCGUUGGCAUUCAUGUACAGGCCAGCAGACUGCCCCGAGUAAAAAACAGAAGGGGUCCUGAAGGCUGUAAGCAAAGCAAGCAGCUUUUGUACCAAUAUCUCCAGGGAAAAUUGCAAAUAUAAGUUAUACCGUCUCCCAUUUACAGAUCUCGUUCAGAUUUGUCACAGCGAAUUAUUGAAAAUGACAGUUGGAAAGAUUCAUAUUUAAUAUUCUCUCCCAGGCAAAAGCCUUGGAGUGUUUGGAA